AUGGCAGGAUUCUCGAGAGGAGGAGGCGGAGCGGGCUACGAUAGGACAGCAUAUGGUAGUUCUGGCAAUCCCACGCCAGGCGGUGGGAGAUCUGCGUACGGGGCUAGUGCAGGCGGAGGCGGAGGUGCAGGGUACGCACCUGGCGGAGGAGGAGGAGCAGGAUAUGGAGGGGCAGGAUACGGAUCUGGGGGUGGAGUUGGAGCGGGCUACAGUUCUGGAGGAGCAAGCGACGCGUACGGCGGACGUUCAGCUCGUAAACCUGCUCCUUCGGGGUAUCCUGACGAGAAGGCACCCUACAACCCUUCGCAGCAUGCAGCUGCUGGCGGAGGCGGAGGCGCAUCAGGCCACCUGGUAGUCAAGUGUCCAGAACCGCUCAUCUUGUCCAACUGUCUGGCCGUGAAUGCGCAAGAAUGGGGAUCGACGCAGUACGUCAUCAUCGACGGUCGUUUCGUCUUUACAGCUGCGUGAGUGUGGAGGGUGUUGGGUCUCUGCAGAUUCACGAUGCUUGGCUGAACCACGCGGCUCCCUCGCAGUGCGGACAAGACUGGUCAGGUGCAGGCGGGCACGAUCGGCACAGCCCUGCUUCAACGGCAAUGGGCAGGUCUCAGCGCUCAGGGCCACGUAGUCAGAGCAGAACCUUACGAUCCAUAUUCCCAGGGACCAGCCGUUUAUCUCGCCAGUCUAGACGUCGAGGUUGGAUUUUUGCGCAAAGGCACCGAAAUUGCAGAGGUGUUUGAUGCAGAUGAGAUGCAGCGCAACUGGGUACGGGUGAGUGAUGAGACGUGAUUGGGAAGGUAGCGUUCCCACAGAUCAGUUUCAGCUUAGCAACUGAUUCCGCCUCACGCUACGCUUCUGCGCAGGCCUUUGAGCACCACAUCUUCUCCAUCGGCCAAUUGCUCGUCUUCGAGUUCCAUGGCCAGAACCUCAAAGCCACAGUCACUGGAGUGGAAGUGGUCGAGACACAACCUACGAGGCAAGGCGCAGGUGCUCCACCGCCACCUCCCUCGCAGCAUCGAUCCGACAAGGGACUCCUCAUGCGUGAGACCUCCGUCAACUUUAUCAAGGCUGGCGAUUCUGGUGUCAAGAUCAAAGCUAGUGGCAAGCGGUGAGGCUAGCUGAACCUGCAAGUCAAGUGCGCAAAUGAGCUAAUCCCUCGACUCUUGCGCGUCGUACAGAGCACCGCCCAACGCUAUCCUGCAGCCAAACUUCAAGUUUGAAGACAUGGGCAUUGGAGGAUUGGAUUCGGAAUUCAGCGCCAUUUUCCGCAGAGCUUUCGCAUCUCGCAUCUUCCCACCUGCACUGGUGGACAAACUCGGCAUACAACAUGUCAAGGGUAUCCUCCUCUACGGACCGCCAGGAACGGGAAAGACGCUGAUGGCUAGGCAGAUUGGCAAGAUGCUCAAUGCCAACGAGCCAAAGAUUGUCAAUGGACCGGAGAUUCUGAAUAAGUAUGUCGGUGCUAGUGAAGAGAACAUUAGAAAGCUCUUUGCUGAUGCUGAAAAGGAAGUGAGUGCGAAACGGAGGGUUUAAAAUCUGGAGUGUUGUACUCAGAUGACUGCACUGACGCGCCCGGCUCCACUCUCACAGUACAAAGCCAAAGGUGACGAAUCCGGUUUGCAUAUCAUCAUCUUCGAUGAGCUGGACGCCAUUUGCAAGCAGCGUGGUUCUUCUGGAGGGGGAACCGGGGUCGGUGACUCUGUCGUCAACCAGCUGCUUUCCAAGGUGCGUGUACAGAUCGACGACGCAAGCGUGAAUGUAUUGCGCGAGGCUAAGGCGCGCGCUCCUGGUUGCUCUCAGAUGGACGGUGUGGACCAACUCAACAACAUCUUGUUGAUCGGAAUGACCAAUCGCUUGGACAUGAUCGAUGACGCGCUCUUGCGUCCAGGUCGUCUAGAGGUGCACAUGGAGAUUAACCUACCGGACGAGCACGGUCGUCGACAGAUUAUUUCGAUUCAAACGAGCAAAAUGCGAACGAAUGGGGUGAUGGAUGAUGAUGUGGACCUAGCGGAGCUGGCCGCCUUGACUAAGAACUUUUCGGGCGCAGAGAUUGCCGGUUUAGUCAAGAGCGCCACCAGCUUUGCGUUCAAUAGACAUGUCAAGGUGGGAACGAUGGCGGGCAUCUCGGACGAUGUGGAGGGCAUGAGGGUCAACAGGGACGACUUUUUGCACGCUUUGGACGAAGUCACUCCUGCUUUCGGUGUGGCCGAAGAGGAAUUGCAACAAGUCGUUUCGAACGGCAUCAUGCAUUACGCACCUCAUAUUGACGUGAGUAUUGGAGACUUGGCCGAAACGAGCAUUGUGAAUCUGAACAUAUCUGAGUUUCGCGUGCAGGUCAUCCUUCGCGACGGCCAGCUGCGCGUUGAACAAGUCCGUACUAGUUCCAGGACGCCAUUGGUUACCGCCCUUCUGCACGGUGAGCAUAACAUUGGAGUACUGCUGUUGUGACUGCGUGUGCCGGCGGCUGACCCCUAAAUUUGGCUUUGGUGUAUUCUCAGGUCCUCCCGGAUCUGGAAAGACUGCGUUGGCGGCAACCAUGGCCAUGGCCUCUUCCUUUCCCUUUAUCAAGCUUGUCUCACCCGAGAAUAUGGUUGGGAUGGCAGAAUCGCAAAAGAUCGCAUACCUCAACAAGGUCUUCAACGACUCGUACAAGUCUCCCCUCAGCAUCAUUGUGGUGGAUAGCAUCGAAAAGAUUGUCGAGUGGGUGCCCAUCGGACCUAGAUUCUCCAACCCGGUGCUGCAGGCUUUGAGCGUCCUGCUGGGUAAACGACCGCCAAAGGUGAGCACGUAGUCGCUGCGUGACGCGUGACGCUCGCUGCGCUGCCGUCUUGCUGACACACAUCUCAAUCCGCAGGACCGACGUCUUUUGAUUCUUGCAACCACGUCAAACAGGCCCAUGCUGGUCGAUAUGGACCUAGCAGAAGCUUUCCUCGCCGACAUUCGUGUUCCUGCAAUCACGAGUUUGCGAAGCGUGGAUCACGUCGUCAGGGAGACUGGCUUGUUCAGGGAUCAAUCAGAGCAGGACAGGCUCAUGGGUCUUUUGAGAUCCGCUGGUCUGGAGGAUUCGAACAGGCUCAACAUUGGUAUCAAGAAGGUGUGUAGAUUUGGCCGUCGCCUAGGCGGGCACAAAUGAUCCCCCCCAUCCCCCCUUCACGGUGAUCAUUUACGGCUGACAUCGUUGAUCGCCGGCUUGAUCCUUUCCUUUUAGCUUCUUUCGGAAAUCGAAAUGGCACGCCUAGACGAAGAUCCGGCAGACAAGCUCACCGCUGCUCUCAAUAGCCUAUAG